UAUUACUUGUAAAUUCUGUACUUAAUAAAAACAAUAAUUCAAUAAAAUUAGUAUUGAAUCAACAAUUACUGUAUAAUGUAAAUACCUCAAGUUGCUUAGAACAUAGAAAUAAUUUUUCUACAAGUACAGUUAAACGAAAAAUUCAUCAAUCAAUGUUACCGUCAAUUGAUUUUCCACAAGUGACCUUACCAGAAUAUAUGUAUAAAUAUUAUGAUUUAUGGAGUGAUCGAAUAGGACUGCAAUGCUGUGAUACAGAUCGUCAAUACACCUAUAAUGAAUUAGCAGUUCGCACAAAAGCUUUUGCCGCAAAUCUUAAGAAUAAAAUUGACUUACAAGAUGGUGAUGCAGUAUGUACAAUUUUAGGAAAUAUCCCAGAAUACUCAAUUAUUAGUUUAGGUAUAAUACAUGCAAAUUGUGUUUGUACAACAUGUAAUCCAGUGUACACAUCCGAAGAAAUCUAUAAACAAUUAAUUAACUCUGAUGCAAAAUGUAUAGUUGUUUCAAAUGAUGUAUAUGAUAGAGUAAAAGUUGCAGUAGAUAAAUUACCAAAACCAUUACCUAUAAUUGUAAUAAAUCCACAAAAUGGUUCAGUUCCAAAAGGAGUACAUAAUUAUGAAGAUUUCGUAAAUCCAAAUACCAAUUUAGAUGUAUUAAGUAAAUUAAAAAAACCAUCAUUGGAUGACACCAUAUUUAGACCGUAUUCUAGUGGUACCACUGGUUUGCCAAAAGGUGUGGAUUUAACGCACCGAAAUCUUGUUUGUAAUUUAGAACAACAAACAUCUUCAAAAAUGCUUGUUAUUCCAUCAUUAGGUGAGGAUUAUCCAUUGGUCGUACCAGGAAUUUUGCCUUUUUUCCAUAUUUAUGGAUUAUCUGUGUUAUUGUAUGGAAAGUUAAUUCUUGGACAAAAGGUUGUAGCUAUGCCAACCUUUACAAUUAAUAAAUUUGUUGACAUGCUCAAGAAACAUCAACCACACAGCUUGCACGUAGUGCCACCUUUAGUGUUUUUAAUGAGUUUAAAUCCUAACAUUACGAAAGAAGAUUUAAAGAAUGUGGGAAUUGUAUUAAGUGGAGCAGCUCCAGUUGGCUUAUCCGAUUUCGACAAUUUGAAAAAGAAACUCAGUUUUAAAGAAUGUUGCAUUAUGCAAGGAUAUGGUUUAACUGAAACGUCGCCAGUUGCAUUAGGUUUUCAUCGAAAAUUGAAAAAUUAUAAUCCUGGAUCCAUCGGUCACUUAUUACCAAACACAGAAAUGAGAUUAGUCGAUCCAUCAACGGGUAAAGACGUUGAUGACGGACAACUUGGAGAAUUAUGGCUUCGUGGACCACAAGUUAUGAAGGGAUAUUAUAAAAAUGAAAAAGCAACCAAAGAAUCAAUUACGGAAGAUGGCUUUUUCAAGACUGGAGAUAUUGCAUGUGUUGAAGAUGGUUUAGUCUAUAUUAAGGAUAGGAUAAAGGAAUUAAUUAAGGUUAAAGGAUUCCAAGUUGCUCCAGCUGAGUUAGAACAGAUACUUCGUUCGCAUCCAGAUAUUGUAGACUGUGCUGUUGUUGGAGUUCCUCAUGAAUUCUUUGGAGAAUCUCCUAAAGCGUUUGUUGUAAAACGAGAAAAUUCAAAAAUAAGUGCAGAUGAUGUUGCUGAUUUUCUUGCCAAGCAAGUAGUGGAAUAUAAAAGAUUAAGUGGAGGUGUGGAAUUUUUAAAUGCAAUACCAAAAUCUGCAGCUGGUAAAAUUCUUCGAAGAGAAUUAAGAAGUCAAAAAUAAAUCUCUGAAAUAAUUUUAUUAAGUAAUUCUUAAAAGUUACGAGACAGGCGGGAUUUGUACAUUUUGUUUUGAACAUGAGAAAAUUGUUCGAAUGUGGUUUCUUGUUGUCUGUUAAGUUUUUAUUUUUUAUUAGUUUUAUUUGUUACGAUAAGUUAGGUAUACUAUUGUUAAAACUUUUAAUAAACUAUUUUUUAUAA